AAUUGACUUGUGAGAUGAGUGGACUUGGACCUGGUUCUUCAGCCCACAUUGAAGAAGAAUUAGACCAAAUUAGACGUUAUGAGGAUUUCACGACAACAGAUUGGGUAAAAGAUGCAAUUUUAGAAAGAUAUCGACAAUCUUCAGUGCAGAAUUUAAAUCACAAUGAUAAAUCAUGGCGUGCCUGGUGGCACCUAACUUUUGAAACAACCGAGUCGUGGAUUGUAGUGCUACUUGUAGGUGCUGCCAUUGGACUCAAUUCGGCGUUGAUUGCCAUUAUUACUGACUGGUUAUCAGAUAUUAAAAUGGGAUAUUGCUCAAGUGCAUGGUGGCUAAAUCAGAAAUUUUGUUGCUGGGAGAUUGAGGAAGAUGAGGGAGGGGGUUGUGACGACUGGAAUUCGUGGAGUCAAUUUAUGCACGCUGGACCAAACGUCUAUGUUAUUGAAUGGUUUUGUUACGUGUUAUGGGCUACUUUAUUCGCGACAACGUGUGCUUAUCUUGUGAAAAUGUUUGCACCGUAUGCUGCUGGAUCCGGUAUUUCGGAAAUCAAGUGUAUUAUUGCUGGAUUUGUGAUGAAGGGAUUUUUAGGAGGUUGGACAUUGGUUAUGAAAAGUAUUGGUUUAACGAUGGCAGUUGCAUCCAAUUUAUCAAUUGGUAAGGAAGGACCUUCAGUUCAUAUGGCUUGCUGUGUGGGAAAUGUUAUAUCUCGAUGUUUUAAAAAGUUUAAAACAAGCAAGGCCGAAAUGAGAGAGAUUUUGACAGCAUCGAGUGCAGCAGGUGUAGCAGUGGCUUUCGGCUCACCCAUUGGCGGGGUAUUAUUUGCAUUAGAGGAAAUGAGUACAACCUUCCCAAAUAGAACCAUGUGGAAAAGUUUCUUUUGUGCUAUGAUUGCUACGAUUGUCCUUCAGGCAAUGAAUCCUUUCAGAACAGGUAAACUUGUCAUGUUCCAAGUUAGUUAUGAUCGUGAUUGGCACUUUUUCGAGUAUCUGUUUGUUAUUGUCAUUGGAUUGUUCGGUGGUUUAUAUGGUGCACUAGUCAUUAAGUUUAAUUUGAUUGUUGCUCAAUUCAGAAAGACCGUGCUUAAAAGUCAUCCUAUUGCUGAAACAGCGGUUCUUGCAUUUGUUACUGCAUUAAUUGCUUAUCCCAACGUAUUUUUACGGAUUGACAUGACUGAAAUUAUGGGUAUUCUUUUUAGGGAAUGUGAAGGUGCAGGAACUGAAAACUACCACGGACUUUGUGAUAAAAGCGAAACUGGACGUAUGGUCAUAUUACUAUUUAUCGCAACAGCACUUCGAUGCUUUGGUACGAUUAUGACUUAUGGUGCUCGUGUUCCAUGUGGUAUAUUUGUUCCUUCUAUGGCGAUUGGGGCCACAUUUGGCAGAAUGAUUGGUUUACUUGUCAAGUCUUGGCAGGAGUCUGACCCUGAAUUCUUCUUAUUUGCGUCCUGUCGUCCGGACAUGCCAUGUAUCACACCAGGUACAUACGCAUUUUUGGGUGCAGCAGCAGCUCUUUGCGGUGUUAUGAGAAUCACGGUAUCUGUAGUAGUUAUUAUGUUUGAAUUGACGGGCCAAAUCACCUACAUUCUACCUACGAUGAUUUCAUUGAUGAUUACGCGUGCUGUAGGCGACUGGUUCGGCUCCGGCGGCAUUGCUGAGAGAUACAUUCGACUUAACGGAUAUCCUAUUCUUGAUAAUGAUGAUCAGGUAUUUGGUGUACCUGUUUCUCAUGUAAUGCAAGAAAACAUGACAGUUAUGACAGCAAAAGGGAUGACAUUUCGAAAAAUCGAAACUAUUCUGGAGAACACAAACUUUCAGGGAUUUCCUGUGGUGGAAGAUAUCAGAUCGAUGAUAUUGAUUGGCUACAUUGGCAGAUCAGAGCUAAGAUAUUUGCUUGAGAAGGCACGUGUGAAUAAAAAGGCACAUGACGAGACUAUUUGUCGAUUUACUCCAGAUGGUGAUGAGCCAGAGAUCCUUACAAAUAUUGAUAACGAAGAUGAUGAUGAUGAAAACACCCAUGAUUUAAGGGGAUCUUCGGAAAGUUUGGAUUUCGGAUCUUAUAUGGAUCAAACACCGAUUACUGUGCACCCCAAGUUAUAUUUAGAGACCGUUAUGGAUAUGUUUAAACAAUUGGGACCUAGAGUAGUUCUUUUGGAAGAGAAAGGUAAAUUGAAAGGACUGGUAACAGUCAAGGACGUUUUGAAAUACACUGCGCGUAUUGAAAGUAUAGACUCGCCAUCCAUGCCACAAUACUCUCGAGCAUGCGGUGGUGUUUUUGAUAAGCUCUCUGUUUGGAUCAACAAACGACAACAGCCGUACACUCAGCUACAGAACAGAAGUUCAAUUGAUGUAAAUGUUGAAUCUCAUGAGCUUGACGGUAGACUUUAGCUACCAUGGCUUUAUUUUCCUGUAACAAUAGUUUAAUGUGAAACGGGCUACCAAGUUAAAUAUGGCAUACUGAGUAUGCAUAAACUUAAGCACGCGUCUUUUUAAUAAACAACGGCAUGCUUCAGUUUUUAUGGAGUACGCGCAUCGUAAACCAAUGUAA